UGUAUUUUUUUAUAUUUUCAUUUGAGGAGUUCACGUCUUAACAUCUCCCACAUAUCUUUGCUAUUGUUUGUAGGAUCUCAGAGAAUAAACAUCAUGUUUGAAAGUGGACCCAAUUACAGCAAAUUAAAAACAAACCUAAGACUGGCUGUCAACCGCCUCAAACUUUUGGAGAAAAAAAACACAGAGCUCGCAUUGAAGGCUCGGAAGGAAAUUGCAGAUUACAUUGCUGCUGGUAAAGCCGAAAGAGCCAAAAUUCGAGUGGAACAAAUCAUUAGAGAGGAUUACCUUGUGGAAGCAAUGGAACUACUGGAAAUGUACUGUGACUUGCUUCUAGCCAGAUUUGGACUUGUGCAACAGAUGAAAACUUUAGAUGACGGCCUGUCUGAAGCCAUAUCCAGCCUCAUUUGGGUAGCCCCAAGGAUGCAGGCUGAUGUGGCUGAACUGAAAAUAAUAGCUGAUCAGUUGGGCGUUAAAUACGGUAAACCGUACAGCUUGGCUUGUCGCGAUAACGCUAUAGGCACUGUUGCACCCAAGUUAAUGCAUAAGCUUAGCGUGCAAGCACCUCCUAAGAUUCUGGUAGAGAAAUACUUGAUCGAAAUCGCCAAGAACUACAACGUUUUCUAUGAACCGGACCCGCAGAUCAUGCGAGAGGCAGCUGCUGCUGAAGAAGCUCUUCUGAUCGACUUCAACGCAACUGAAGCUGGAAAAAUGGGAGGAGGUAAUCUCGGAUGGGUCCAUCCAGGUCAAGCAGCCGGGGCUACUGGAGGCCCGCCGCAAGGUUGGAUGCCACCACUGAAUGCCGGAUUCGCUCCUUUUCCUGGUGGCGCAUAUGGACCAAUGAGUGCCAUGUCUCCACCUCCGCCUUAUGGAUACCCAUUGCCACCGAGUUACCAGCAACAGGAAAAACCGCCGAUAGCCUCAGCUCCUCAUCCAGUGAUGGAAGAAAAGAAAUUACCUUUGUUUAAUAUUCCUCCAAAUAAUCUAGGAACAAACAGUAACGCAUCAUCAAAAGAUAAUUCGCCUACUGGUAAUAGCAAUAGCAAACCGCUUAAUACAAACUUACAGAUAAACCAACAUCCGAAACCGAGUCCGCGAACAAAGAUAAAUAGUCCGACACCAGAUAUGGACCUUCCUGAUCUGCCGUCCGUUCCUCAGGAUAACUUGGCUGGGCCAGGCGAAAAAGACGCGGAUGAUGAUAUUGAUUUUGACGAUCUUACUCGUCGUUUCGAAGAUUUAAAGAAAAAGAAAUAAUACGAAGUCGUCAUCGAAGCUGCCUGAAAAUGCGUAACUUCCAGAUUCGGCGUUACUUGAUAUCUACAGGACAGUGUAGCAUCUCCUGGAAAAUCAGUUAUUGUUUACAGUUUCGGUGUGUGCUUGUCAAUCCUUGUUACAUUUAUCAAUAUAAAUUCCUUACGUUCAA